GGCGGACCAGACAGCCGCCGAUCAUCGCCCACAUCUGUCGGCAUGAUCUUCCUAACGAUGAUCGCUCGGGUGGCGGACGGCCUGCCGCUGGCCGCGUCCAUGCAGGAGGAUGAGCAGUCAGGAAGAGAUCUGCAGCAGUACCAGAGUCAGGCCAAGCAGCUGCUCCGUAAACUGAACACUCAGAGUCCGGACCGCUGCGUGCUGGAGGCUGGGGACAUGAACUUCUAUUAUUUCAUAGCCCAUGGCGUGUGCUGCCUGUCGCUCUGUGAAGCCUCUUUUCCUAAAAAGAUGGCUUUUGGGUACCUAGAGGACCUCCACGGUGAAUUCUACGAGCAGUACGGAAAGAGAGUAGCCACGGUGACGAGGCCAUACACCUUCAUAGAGUUUGAUACAUACAUCCAGAAAACAAAGAGGUCUUACGUUGACAGCAGGGCCCGGAGGAACCUGAGCAGCAUCAACACAGAGCUGCAGGACGUCCAGAGAAUCAUGGUGGCAAAUAUUGAGGAUGUUCUGCAAAGAGGAGAAGCUCUUUCUGCUCUGGAUACUAAAGCCAGCAACCUCUCCAGCCAGGCCAAGAAGUACCGCAGCGACGCCAAGUUCCUCAACACCCGCUCCACCUAUGCUAAAGUGGCUGCUGCGGCGGUGGUCUUCAUCACGCUCAUCAUCUACGUGCGGUUUUGGUGGCUUGGAUGAAUAGACAAAGGCUCUGAUCGGAGGAAAGCCUCGUUUUCCUCUGAGAACUUUAUCUGAACCUGUUCCACCCAGAGACUC